AUGACCGCCGCCUACCUAGCCGCCCAAUCCCUCGGCGAACCAUGGCAGAUCCCCUCCGUCGCCCCGAACCUCACCUACACCGAGCAAUUCAAGCCAACGUCAAUCAACAACGGCAUCCUAAGCAAACCGCUCAAUAUCACCAGUCACCGUAGUUUCUACGACGACGUCCUCUGCACCGCUUUCACGCAAUACCUCGUCAUGGACCCUACACACCCGUACGUCAUCGGAACAAGGUUCGAAGCAGACGGCCUGUAUUUGACGAAGAUUGAAACGCUGGUCACAGACCAGGGAGAUUGGGCUUUCAAUGCGACGGGGUAUAAGUACUGGGACGACCAAGAAGACUGGAGCGAGAUCCCACAGGACAAGAGGGACAAGCGCGAGGUCAUACAGGCGGCUGGUGAUGCGUACUUCAACCGUUUUGCGAAUGAGAAUGUAAGCGUGCCUUGGGGGACGCCCUGUGCUAGGCUGGAGGGCGGCGCGUACACUGGAACAAGGAAUCUUACGGCGAAUACGUGUGAUUUGGGGCUUCCGAGUACGAUCAAUGUGGUCGAUAGGAGGUAUGUGGUUGAUCAGGUGAAUGGUGUAGUGGUGAUCUAUCUCGGGUUCCCAGGGCUAGAUCGCGAUGAUCCUAAUCCGUCGCCGGAUAGCCACGCGUUCAGGGUUGAGGGAGGUAAGAUCCGGUACAUCCAUACCCUGAGUACAUGUGAGGGUCAUCCCGGGUGUGGAUUUAACGGUACGGGCCCUCCACCGUCUCGAAGAUUGUGA